AAAAAAAUCAAUUGCGGAAACAAUUUGCAUUUGUUUCUUGGAAUGGCCAGCGCUUGAAUGGAUCAGAAUUCAUUCUAAGCUGGCGACUUGCUUCGUUUGGAAUUCAAUGGUUUUGUUCGCAGGUCUGUUUUGCUCUCAGCUCUGUGUACGACGCUGCAAGAUACAGUAAAUUUGUUGGGCAAAAAUGGGUGUGUUUGCACCUGUUGAGAAGCUAUCAGAGGAUGAGGAUGCGCCUCCAGCCCCGACAGGGCAAGCUGCGACCCCAGCCCCAAAGCCGAAAGGCAAACCGAAAGCCUCGCCCAAAAACAAAGCCAAAGCUAAAGCCAAAGCCAAGCCAUCACCGGAGGCCAAACCUAAACCAUUGCCCAAGGAGAAAGCCAAAACUUUGCCAAAGAAGAAAACAGCAAACAAGAAGGACCCCGAUACAGCCGAUGCAGCAGCUGCCCAGGCCAAAAAACCCACAGAAGUUGUGAGUGGUGAGGGAAAUGAAGACGACAAGCAACCAGAGGAACCUGAACCUGCUGUGUUCCGCAAGCCUGCCUUGAAACGCCCUGCUGCUUCACCGGCAAGCACUGGGAACGCAGAAACAGAGGGAGGUGGCAAGCGUCGCAUGCCACGACCAGACUCAUGGCUUCACGGGGGAGGUCUAGACCGAAAGAUCAGCAAGCUGUACUUCUACAAGCGCAGUGGCAAGUAUGCUUGUGCCUGCGACGGCCACGAAGCGUUUCAGGUUGGCGCACUGGACGUCAAGAAUUGGGAUCGCUUGAAAGAGAUCGCUGAAAUCUGCCGGAACUAUUUGGUGAUCGGUAAAACGGUGGCGUAUGUUCGUGAUGUUGCGGAUACUCUGUUUGAAGACUUCAUUGAAUCCGAGCGUUCCGGCGCAAGCUCUUCAGCUGUGAGGGUACCAAUGCCUAACGGCCCACCCAUGCCUGGUGCUGAUGGAGCGGUCGAAGUUCCGGAAACGCUUGAGAGCCGUCCUGGUGCCCCUUCUGGGCCGGCGUGUGAGCUGAUGUCUGAUCCGAUGGGCGAUCCUGAAGGGGGUGAGGAAGAGGCGCCGGAGGAAGAUCCGGUUGAACCGCCCAAACCUGCCCCAGAGGAUGUGGAGUGAAUUUGGC